AGAGUCUGCCGGCGCGUCCGCAUCCUCUUCGACACCGAAGGAGACCGUACCGCGUCCGGGGUGUAUACUGAGCACUGCACCUUUAACGAUACCCCGAGAAACCAUUGCAGUGACUCGUCGAGCAAUCGUGCGCGCAUACUUGAUUUCUCCUCGCAAAAGUACUUCGCGAGAUUAACUUUGCGGACUUUCCGAAAUCGCGUAAGUUCUACAUCGUCCUCGUGAAUAUCGAGGUCUUGAUUUGCGACUCGGUAGAAGUUCAAAGGUUGUCAUUGAUUUAUUGCAAGUGCUUGUCAAUGAUUUCUGAGUGAAGGAAUGCAUGACUCCAACUUCAAAGAAACUCCACGCUAAGACCGCGUGGACACAAUCACGACUAUAGAAAAAGAAGGAAAAGAAAUUCACAAACUUUAAAGGCACAUUGGUCGCCGUGCACCAGCAUCUCUGAGGAGCGUUACGAUGUAUUUUUAAAGACUAUCAAUGAUUUACAUCAAAGCUGACAUAACUCGCGUUAGUAUCCGAUCUAUUGAAAUUCUAUCGAACGAUGAAUACAUCACGCGACGCGACAGAAUGUCGAGGCUGAAAGCGAGCCACGACUAAAUCAUUCGCGCGACAUGUAAUUUCACGUGACAAUUGGCGGAUACUCUCAUCAGUGUAUUAUACGUCGAAGGCAUGAAUCGCGCUACGUCGAUAAUCGUCAUUUGGCUGAUGGCACCUCGUUCAAGCGAUGCGGUCGAGGAUGCGACUGACUAUUAUCCACUCGCGGAGAACGACGGCGAUUUCGAGUAUGCGAACGCCACGAAUUGCACAAACGACUACUGCAUCCCGGACGAAGACUACAUCGGCUUGAUGAUGCAGCACAUAUUCCCGAAAUUCCCGGAUUGGGUGUUAAUUGCCAUGCACAGCGUCGUUUUUACAGUCGGCCUCUUUGGUAACGCGCUCGUCUGCAUGGCCGUUUAUCGAAAUCACUCAAUGAGGACCGUGACCAAUUAUUUCAUCGUCAACUUGGCGGUGGCCGAUCUGCUCGUUCUGUUAAUCUGCUUGCCGCCGUCGGUUCUCUGGGACGUCACGGAGACCUGGUUCCUCGGAUUAAAACUCUGCAAGGCUGUACCUUAUCUCCAGACGGUAUCGGUGAGUGUCAGCGUUUUAACGCUGACUUUCAUAUCGAUCGAUCGAUGGUAUGCCAUAUGCUUCCCAUUGAAGUUCAAGUCCACAACGGGUCGAGCGAAAACAGCCAUCAUAAUCAUCUGGCUGAUAGCACUACUUUUCGACAUUCCGGAGCUCCUGGUGUUGCACACGGUGCCAUCGAAUAGUCGAGUGCAAACUAUAUUAUUCACGCAAUGUGUCUGGUCGUGGAGUCAAGAGAGUCAGACCACCUUCACGAUCAUCAAGCUGAUCUUUUUGUACACCGGCCCGUUGCUCUUCAUGAGCGUGGCGUACUGGCAAAUUGUACGUGUCCUUUGGAGAAGCGAUAUUCCAGGACACAAUUUGUCUACUAGAAUCUGUCAUUCAACCGAAAUUCCAUUCUCCGGAGGUGGAAAUCCAGAAGGUCAAUUGAGAUCUCGACGGAAAGCAGCGAAGAUGUUAGUUGCUGUGGUGCUCACAUUUACAAUAUGCUUCUUUCCGGUGCAUUUACUCUCUAUUCUAAGAUGUAUUAUGGCGUUACCGUCGAAUCAAUGGACGAUUGCCGUUAGUCUAAUAGCCCACUGGCUUUGUUAUUUUAAUAGCGCGGUGAAUCCUGUCAUCUAUAAUUUCAUGAGCGGGAAAUUUCGUAAGGAGUUCAAGCACACCUUCCGGUGUUCUCACAGUGGCGGGAAUUACGUCCACAGACGUGGACAUGUUAUGGGCAUCUCGGAUCCGUUGAAACAACGCUCGCAAACUUGUACAAGAUCAAUGCAUACGUUGUCCAAUAAUAAUAAUGUUCAACAAAGCACUGAAGUCAUACCUCUCAGUGCUAUAAUCAAUGUACCACAGAACGAGAAGCAAGAAUAAAUCGCGUUUCUGUAUCACAUAUCCUAAGCGCGUCGGUUGUCCUCUUCAAGUUUUUUUUUUAACUGAUUUGGGAUAGAAUAUCUCGACAAAAAUACCAAAGAAUGUACAAUUCUCGAGUUAUUAACAAGAUUUCUGGUGAAUCAAGCUCCAGGAAAAAUUACAAUUGAUAGAAUUAUACGCUUUAAUCAACUCUAGGUAGAUUCUGUUUCAAUCGCAAAUUUUAAUGUCAAAUUGUAAGACAUAACGCUAGUAAGAAAAUAAUAUGCGAUAUACGAUCAGCUUCAUUGAAUCGAGGAUGAAAUCAAAGCCAAAGCUGUGAUUAAGAGGACAUCCAGAGGAUUUAGGGACACUCAGUACAGAGAUAAUACCAUUAGACAAACUCGAAUUGUUCCUAUGUAAUGCGCGUUGGCGUAUCUCAUUCGAUAAGCGGUCCUCCUCAGGUUUUGUUGGGUUGAACCAGCCCAUAUAGUAUUUAAUCGAUAUGUAAAUAGGCGAUUACGAAAUGCGAACCGCACGAUACCGUUAAAGCUGCUGCUUGAAAUAUUUUAUUAUAUAUUGCAGAUGUAAAUAUAACAAUCACAUCACAGAUCAAUAACUGACGGAGUUGGAGAGCUAAAUGCACGAUACGAAAAUUUCGAAGAAUAAAUGCAAA